AUGUACGAACCACACUCGCAGACACAAGAGGAUAGUGCGCUGGCAUACGCACCAUUUAUCCUUGACCCUGCCUUACAUGAUGACUCUCCUCAGGGAUUGGAGAUAAAGUACAUGGACAUGCUGCAACAAAGCGAUAGUCUGGAGAUGAUGUUGCAAUCACAGUCAACAUCCAAUGACUUCACUUACUAUGAAAACAUCCCAUAUGGCGACGAGCCAUUUCAUCACCACCACCAACAACACCAAGAUGCAUCAUCAUCGUCAUCUUUUGAUCCUCUUUAUCAAGAACAGUAUCCACCUCCUCAAUUUCCAACCACGGGUCAUCCACCACCUCCGCCACCAUCCACAGCACAUCAUCAUCAUCAUCAUCAUCAUACAUCCAUGUCAGAGCAUCCAAUGUAUCCUUUUGGUAAUAGCAGCAUGGAUGCAGUGCAUCAAAAUUCAUCACAACCACCACCUCCUCCUCCACCUUAUUCAUUUGCAGCAGCUACAGCAGCAGCUGCUGUUGCUGCUGAUCCAACAGGCAUGAUGAUUCCUCCUGCUCCUAUGCAACAACCCAACAUUGUCGCUCCAUCUCCUUUAGUUUCAUCUUCUUCAUCCUCAUCGUUAUCAUCUUCCACAUCCUAUCCCAAUCCAGCAGAACCACGACAACAAAUCUAUGUGCGUAAAGCUUGUGUUUCAUGCAAACAAUCGCAUGUAGCAUGUGAUGUUCAGCGUCCGUGCGCCCGGUGCGUACGAUUGAACAAGGCUGAUACUUGUGUUGACGCUGAACGCAAGAAACGUGGUCGACCUUGUGGUUCUGGAAAAAAGAAACGUCAACAAGCUCAAGCAGCUGCUGCAGCUGCUGCUGCCGCCGCUGCUGCCGCCGCUUCUCGUUAUCCAAGGAUAUAA